AUGAAAUUUACUGCUAUUGAAUACAAAACGAUGUUACCUUUUUUGGAGGACAUCAUAACAGCCCGCACAUUCGUUUUGUUGAACAAAACCGUGCAAGAAGCAUUCUCCACGUCAUUCCAAAACGCAGGGUAUAAAUUAUUUCCCGAAUUGGUGGCCAAAAAUUCCGACGAUAACUCCGAGGAGAGUGACAUGGACGAAGACGCCAAAGAGGAACUUUUAGAAAAACGUUUUAAUCAGGAGAUGUCACUUUUCUCAAACCGAAAAGUGACUGUUUUGACAACAGAGACCAUGCAAUUUUACCCACGUUGCUCCACGCCAACAACACUUCCAGAGGUCUCUUGCAAGCCAAUUAAUUUUUACAUUUCACAAAACGUCACAAAAGAAUUAUACGAAGCACGAAUUAAAUACACAAUAACUAAAGUCGAACAGAAAUCCGAUUUUGUUUCUUUGGAAGCGUUUAAAAAAAUUCACAAGUUGUGUUUAACCAUUGACACACUUUACCAGUUCCAGCUCCAAAAACUCAUACCCGAGAAUUUGGAGAUUGACGUCUUAAUUCUCAAAAUAAAAUUGACUGGUAAUAUAGACAUUGAACCCUUUAAAAAUCUUCAGGAUUACAAAAUUGGAAGAGUAGUGAUCAUUUGCAAGAAUAUUAAAGAACUCACUUCAUUCCAACAAAUUCCUGACAUUUUAACAAACAAAAAAAUCACUUUGUGUUCUCGUUUUUGGUAUAAAGGAAUUAAUAAAAAUAUUAUUAUAUACUGGAAACCAAAUGUCAUAUACAUGACAGAGGAUGGCGUCACCGAGAUUUCUAUUCUUCAGAAAUACAAUCCUUGGAAAAUGAAAUAUGUCGACACCCCACAAGAUUAA